GGCGAGCCACACGGUACAGUCAGUUGGACUCCGCCACUCGGAAGCAACGGUUCGGUCUUGCGAACGGGUAUAUUCUUCGACUUGCGGGGACAGUCCCGAAUGAAAAGGACGACGACUUUGCGUGCUGGAUUGCGUCGGGCCAAGUAAACACUUUGUCCGUCCCGGUUAACGUUGGGAGGAAAAUUCGUACCCUAAAUUGCCAUCCAGUUUUCCUAUUAACAGUGAACCUUUUGGCGUAUCUUUAUCUUGCUGCUAUCGGUUGCGGUUUAAUAUAUUGUGGUCGGAAAAAUUGAAAAGAAGAAAAACAAAAAACCAAGAAACCACGGUGUAGUGGCAAUAUGAGGGUGGGAAAAAUUACUUUGUGCUGCUGCUGCUGCUGUUUGAGGGGGAGGAAAUUUGAAAUUCUUGGCAGUAUGAUUGUGUGAAUCAGCGUCAAUCAGGCGGAGAUGAAAGUGAGAGUCGUUUGGGGAGGGAAAUUUAUUGUUGUGUAUUUUGGCGAACGCUUAGUGUCACAGUAAGCGUCACAACAAACAGGCACAGCGUGAGCUCGUGGCGUGACUGGGACAGCGGCGCUAAGCGUAAUUUACCACGACUCAAUUUAUUGGAUGCGUGCAUUCCCGCUGAGCGGAAAAAGGCAGAGUGUUAGGUUCACGGCGAUGUGCCUACCGGUUGCACUGGUGAUUAAAGCCACUUCGUGUUGGAAUGAUAAAAAUGGAAAAUAAUAGCAGUAACAGUUCGGCGCGGGUGGCAUUAGUGAGAAAGUGCGAUAGAUGGUGGUUCUGUAGUGCAUGGCAUUAUUCUGCGUAGUGAAGCAAAAAGAAAUAUGACAGGGGCAAGACAUUGUAUGCCACUCAAACUGUGCUGAAAGUGUGAAAAUGUAUGCGAAAAGAAUAGUCCACAAACAGAAGUGUACAGAAAUAUGCAUUACAGCGGUUGCGGGAAAAUGCUCGGGUAAAAGAAUGAAGAAGCUCCUUUUCUGUGAAACUAUCUGGUCGGUGCAGCUGUGAUUGUUUCAAAGAUUUCCUAAUCCUAGCUGUAAAAAGUGAUUCUUCAGUUCACCAACAUCGAUUUGAAGGAAGCAUCACGGGCAAUGUGAGCAACAACGCAUUGUCGCUAUCAGCAAACCGUUAUUUUACUGGAACUUGAAUCGCACGGCAAAAGGAAGAACUUUCUUUAACCUGAAAAUCACCCGCGCACACAAAUAGAACUUGAGAAAGCCAUCAAACGCGACUGGCGGAACACCACGCUCGGAAGAACAUUUCCACCCGGCUGGCCCUGGCCAGUUCCGUAGCAGGAUGAUGGUCCAAGCUGUAAUAUUUUUACGACCGCAUCAAUUUUUCUUGCACUGUCGAUGGUGUGGCUGCUGUUGUCACAGCUACUGUGGAGAAAUCUGUUGCUACCAGCAGCUGGACCACAAUCGAUUGAGACCUUGGUUCUGGUUCUGUGCCAGUUUUUCCAACAAAGCUGAUACCGAUAGUGGUGGUGACGAUGAUGAUGAUGAUGAUGUUCCGCUCGUUACUACUGGUGAAGGUGAUGAAAAUGUUAAGAUACCGAAUGCCAAUGCUUUUACUUCCUCCACCCGCGUAUUGAGACAUUCUACGUUUUUGACUGCGAGGCAUGCAGCCCGUGGAAAGUGAAUAACGUUACUUGAACUGUAUGAAAGCAUGCGAACAUUAUAAAAUAUGAAUCUAGUGGAGGAAAGUUUGGUGAUAGGCGACGCGAAGGUGCCUCCGGUGUCUGGAGGCAGGAGUGACGAACUGACAGGGACACAGGGAGCCGGUUUUGGUAUUGAACAGCUAGAGCUGAACAACAGCGCACAGCUACUGACAACUCAGGCUGGCGUUAUGAAGGCAAACGAUACGACUAACGGUACCGAACAAGUGAUUGAUAGCUUCUACUUUUACGAGACUGAGCAAUUUGCAGUAUUAUGGAUUUUAUUUGUAGUGAUUGUGCUAGGCAACAUGGCUGUGUUAGUGACGCUGUUUCUGAAUAAGAAUCGCAAAUCGAGAAUGAACUUUUUUAUCAAACAACUGGCAAUCGCGGAUCUCAGCGUCGGCCUGUUGAGUGUUCUGACGGAUAUCGUGCAAAGGAUCACCAUUUCCUGGCUGGCGGGAAACGUGGCCUGCAAGUUAAUUCGAUUCAUUCAGGUGUGGGUCACGUACGCUUCGACCUACGUGCUGGUGGCGCUCAGCAUCGACCGCUACGACGCGAUAACCCAUCCGAUGAACUUUUCCGGCUGCUGGAAGCGAGCAAGGCGACUGGUGGGUGCCGCUUGGGGAUUCAGUGCUGUAUUUUCGUCACCUAUGUUCUAUCUCUACGAAGAACGUGUCAUUCAAGAUCAGCUUCAGUGUUGGAUAGAACUGGGCGAUGCACUCCGCUGGCAGCUCUACAUGUGCUGGGUAGCCACUUCGCUGUUUGUGAUACCGGCCUUCAUUAUCUCCGCUUGCUAUGUGAUCAUUAUCAAAACAAUCUGGUCGAAGGGCUCCAUGCUGGGACCGGUUGGAGACAAAUAUCGAUAUCGAAACGGCAGCACCGACCUGGCCAGCCGGCGUGCCAGUUCCAGGGGUAUCAUUCCACGGGCCAAGGUGAAAACCGUCAAGAUGACCAUCGUGAUAGUGAUAGUAUUCGUGCUCUGCUGGUCGCCCUACAUCGUGUUCGAUCUGCUGCAGGUGUUUGAACAGAUUCCGAAAACGCAAACCAAUAUUGCCAUCGCAACGUUCAUCCAAAGCCUAGCACCGCUCAAUUCGGCGGCUAAUCCGCUGAUCUACUGCUUAUUUUCGACGCAUUUCGUUAGAACGCUAAAAAGACUUCCACCAUUCCGAUGGCUCUUUUCAUCCGGCCUAUGCUGCGUCAGCCCGGAUGAUCCAAACAGCCACAGCGGGUGUGGGCAGACGGCCAAUGGGAAUCGUCUGCGGAACCAGCACAGCAGUGAUUCCAUGAGAACGCUCACCACGUCGUUGACAGUUUCCACCCGAAGGCCGACCACCAUCAUCCGGACGUCGAGAGUGAUUGUAUAGCAGUAGCAGCAGGGUGCCAACGUUGGUCCGGUUGGGCCAUGGGAAAAGUGUUUACCUGGAACAAAAUUUGCUCCAACAUCGAAGCGCAUAAAGAUCUAGUCAAAUUGUUAACUUACAAUCGUGACCCUUUUUAUAAUGUGCGGUUUCUAUAGUUACCAUUAGAAUUUUAGAGGCAUAUUCGGUACUAUUCGACAAUUUGCUGCGAACAUUCUCGUUGAUUGAUAGUCAGAGUAUUUUAAUAUUAAGAUUUAGGUAACUAUAAAUCAAGUGUUAUGUGCCAGUCGGAAAAGGCCUUUUAGCCUUUCUACGAAUAAUACUUCUGUGCGGCGAUGUGAAAGUGCUUUUAACUGUCUGUAGCGGCAAUCCUCAGUGUAUACCAAAAAUAGGAAUCCGAAAAUAAUCAGUAAGAGAUUGUAAGGGUUAUUGCAUUUAUAUUCGAGCAAAUAUCAGAACAAGAGCCAGUGGCAAAUUUGGGAAUUAUAAGUUUUUUGUAUUAUUCGUUAGACUGAUACGGUUCAUUGUAUUUUGUAAGCUGAAAACUUAACCACCUGUGAAAAUAGCAUAAUAAAAAGUUUAUGGAUCUGUUUGAUAAAAAUGUUA